AUGGCGUCCUCACUCUACGCCAAGCCCUACGAUGGCACUGCUGCGGACGGAGGUGAUUCCCUAACGGUUAACCUCAACCAGUACUAUGAGUCCGGCGACAUUGCCUGGAUCACCACAUCCACAGCGCUGGUGCUCCUUAUGAUUCCCGGAGUCGGCUUCUUCUACUCCGGCCUCGCGCGCCGCAAGUCUGCGCUCUCCUUAAUCUGGCUUUCCAUGAUGUCUGUUGGAGUCGUAGGAUUCCAGUGGUUCUUCUGGGGCUACUCGCUCGCCUUCGGUUCGGGCAGCAGUUAUAUCGGUAACCUGAGCCAUAUCGGGUUCCGCAAUGUGCUGGCUGCGCCGUCGCCGGGCAGCCCGAAGAUCCCAGAGAUCUUGUUUGCGGUGUAUCAGGGCAUGUUUGCCGCUAUUACUCCAGCACUUGCCAUCGGCGCUGCUGCCGACCGAGGGCGUAUGCUGCCAUGUUUGGUGUUCAUCUUCAUCUGGUCGACUAUAAUCUACGACCCCAUCGCCUGCUGGACAUGGAACCCCAAAGGCUGGUCCUUCCUCAUGGGCGGUCUCGAUUUCGCCGGCGGAACUCCCGUCCACAUCUCCUCUGGCGCUGCUGCCCUCGCCUACUCCGUGAUGCUCGGCAAGCGCUCUGGAUACAGCGCGACUGCCGGACUCCCAUACCGUCCUCAUAACGUUACUCACGUCGUCCUCGGCACGGUCUUCCUGUGGGUUGGCUGGUUCGGAUUCAACGGUGGUUCAGCUCUUGCUUCCAACAUCCGCGCUGUCAUGGCAUGCUUCGUCACACACACCGCAGCUGCAACUGGUGGCGUUGCAUGGACUCUCAUGGAUUACAGGCUCGACCGCAAGUGGUCCACUGUCGGAUUCUGCUCCGGUGCCAUUGCUGGCCUCGUCGCCAUCACUCCGGCUGCUGGAUUCGUCCCCGCCUGGUCCGCCAUCAUCUUCGGCGUUGUCGGCGCCGUCGCUUGCAACUUUGCCACGAAGAUCAAGUACCUCCUCCACGUCGACGACGCGCUCGACAUCUUCGCUGUCCACGGCGUCGGCGGCUUCGUCGGAAACCUUCUCACCGGCCUCUUCGCUGCUGAUUACAUAGCAGCUCUCGAUGGCGCUACCGUCAUCCCCGGUGGCUGGCUCAACAAACACUACAUCCAGCUGGCCUACCAGCUCGCCGAUUCCGUAGCAGGCUUCACCUACUCCUUCGGCGGCACGUGCCUCAUUCUGUUCCUGAUGAACCUUGUCCCAGGGCUGUCGCUGCGCGCGUCCGAGGAGGAUGAGAACAACGGCAUGGAUGAUGCGCAGUUGGGCGAGUUCGCGUAUGAUUAUGUUGAGCUGAGGCGCGAGACUUCGGAUGUGGUUAUCCAGGAUAUUGAGGCUGGUAGCUCUAAGGGGAGCGCGUCCAUGAGCGCAGCUGCGAGCAUGGUUGGGGCUGAGCAGAAGGUUUAA